GUUUUGUUACGGAUCAUGGGACUUGUUUUGUCGUUUCGAAUGUCCGAUUUUAAUAAAAAUAUUAGAUACUUUGUUAUCGUGCUGGUCGUCGUAUGUCUUUGCUUGUACCCCUUGUUUACUAUGGAGUGGGACUUUUCACACCAAGUUACUGGCAUGUCCCGCAACAGUUACCCUAAAGCUUUAAAGGUAAUAAAGCAGAUGCCAACUACCGCAAUACCUGCACCAUUGCCCGUUACUACAAGUGUGCGCCCACUUCUUACCAGCAACCAGCGACCCCAGGCUCUCGAUGGACUUCGAUAUUAUAUAGAGUACGGCAAGCCCCUGCAGGGAAGCGUCGAUACAAAUCAACCAUAUCUGAAUGGUUCAGAAUACGACUGGAGGACUUACAUGCCAGAUACAGAAGUUGCGUUGGAAAAGUUAAAGCAUCGAAACUCUACGGGCGACCCGAGAUACGAAACGUGCGCAAACCAAACCAAAGUAAUUGUUGUUACGCCAGGAGAUCUCACAAUUGAAGGAAGGUUCCGUGCUUCUAUAAAGGCCUACAACUGCAUUGGAGAAGCCAAGACGUAUGGCGGCGAUUAUUUUCGUGCACGACUUGUUCGUUUUGAAGACGUAGGGGGCGGUCGUCCAAACGGUGUUGCUUGUCAUAUUACAGAUCAUAGGAAUGGGACUUAUUCCGUAGAGAGUCCACUACCUAUUCCUGGAAAGUUGGUUUUUGAGCUUGUGCUUGUAUAUUCUGCGGAAGGGAUAGCGCGACUCGUUAGUGCCACCUCGCGGCGACGUUAUUCGGGAACGAGUUACAUCGGAAAGUAUGAGAAUAACGUAACGGCCGAAUGCAACGUAGAUUUGACUACACAUGGCUUAUACAGCUCGUCACAGCUUUGCGAUUUUUCCAAUCCCCGAAACAAAGAACCCUGGUUUUGCGUUAAACCUUCGUCGGGUGGCUGCAUCCCAAUGAAAUGGCUGACAUUUGAUAGGUCGAGUAAUGAACCUACGACAUACAAGGAUUAUCUUCAAACUGUUAUGGCAAUUGAGCAAGACCAGGCAGUGGCUUCGGCGAAACAUGUCUUCACUGUCGCUGGCAAAUAUGAAAGGAAGCAGAUGAAAGAAUGCCAGCCUGACACAAUCCUCGAAGGUGACCUGAUGCGACCGCAAGGCUAUUUUAUGUACGGGUACUGGGUGUCACUAAUAUGCCAAAAUCAGCUGCGGCCAGACGGAAUCGAAUCGUGUUUUCGGGGCAAGACAGUAUACUUUCUUGGGGAUUCAACCGUAAGACAAUAUUUUGAAUAUGUUGUCAACCAAAUGCACUUAACUAUGGAAGGCCCAGAUUCGACACGCGUUUGGCAACAACCUAAAGUGGCCUAUGAUUCAAAAAACAAUAUUACGUUUUACUACAGGGCACAUGGUCCCCCAUUGCAAAACCCGGGACCGCCAAGCAGUCGUCCCUAUAUUACAGACGUCUUGGACGAAAUUAAUGGCGGUCCUGUAUACAUUGUGAUUUCCAUUAGUUUGCACGUCUAUUUCUACGAACCUUCUGUCUUCAUACAUAGGAUAUUGGGUAUCCGAGACUCGCUCACAAAAUUAGUUCAAAAGUAUCCGGGCACCCGGGUUAUCGUUAAAGGAAACAACGUUUUAACUGCCCCGCAAGAGUGGCUUGGUCUAAGAUACGAUAAUAUUAUGGCAGCGGUGUUUCAAAAUGUUAAAUCCGUACAAUUUAUACGCCUCUGGGACAUAACAACGAUGUGGCCUUUAAAUGAUUAUCAUCCAGGCGGCCCGACUCUCAUUGAAGAAAUCAUGUAUUCCUUUGCUUUUUUAUGUAGCGCGUAAUAUUUUGAAUUAUAGAAAUGAAUUGAUUUAUUUGCAUAAUCUGUAUAUAGACUUAAUUAAAGCUAAUAUAACU